GAGCCCUUAGUGACGAGUGGCGGCGGGGUCGGGACGCAACAGGUGUUCAGAAGCAGCUGCCCUGAUGUCCAACAAUGUCAAGGCGUAGAAUUUGGCCCUUACAUUUUUAGGAAGUUUUGAGCUUCAUUGAAUAUUCGGAACGCCGAGUUGAAACUCUUGGUCAAUGGUGUCAGAGGGUGUACAGAAUCUGAAUCCGCUAAUCUCGCGUAAUGUAGAGCCCAGGCGAUAUUCCGAGCUGAUUCUGAUCUGCCGUACGUAGAGUAGUAAUGCAAAAGGAGGGCUCCUGGUAUGUGAGAUCCGGCAAGCAUGAGGCUUGAGCGCGCUAAAGUGCGCGGUCGCGGAAUUUCGCAUGCGGUUUCGACAGAUGACUUUCUCAGAGAUUUUAUCGAAGUCGGAGACCAGGCGAGCUACAAAUGCUUCGCAGUAGUGACCUGAUACUGAUCACCUCCCUUCCGCAGUCGCUUGAGGCUUGCACUCUGACGAAAUUUUCCACCACGACGACGGCGGCUUAUGCGCCAACGUGUAGAAUCCGGGAGACAUGGCCUUCUUAUCAAGAUGUGAUGAGGAGGAGGAGGAGGAAAGAGGUUUGUGGCAAUCAUUGAUUCUAUUCGGAUCCUGUCUCCUUCACGCAGAGAUUGGCACUCAUGCAGCUGUAUGUAGAAUUUCGUUGGGUUUCAGAGCUUUAAAGGACACCUCAUCAAGCCGGGGCUUGGGCCUAGUUUUACAGUGGACUGUAGCAACAUCACACUCUUAUGGAUGCAACUGCAAAUGACCCGAGAGACAUUUGCAGUGCAUUUGCAGAUCUAUAGGCCAAACGUGGACGUGGAAUGCUUGGUGUGUUUGAAACUUUCCACGCAGGUUAAAGCUCAAUAUUGGAUUCAAGCCACACGAAAACAACUAACAAGGUCAACGAAACCUGGAACGCGGGCAUUUGCAGAUUCUUCAUUCGUGUUUAUUUUUCAAGUUCAGAAGUAUCUGCAGUAGAUUCUGCGGUAUAGGUGGAACUUUAUCUGCGCUAGGCCCCAAGACUCUCUUGCGGCAUGACAAUAGGACAUUCUGAAUUCUCUAUUCACGUAGCCAAUCAAUACGAAUCCGAUCGAUUCAAUCAUAUCACGCUCCCCCUGGAUUUCUUUACUCUUCUGGCAGUGCAUUCGUGUCAAUGUUUCUUGCACCGAUUAGACUCGUCCGGCCCCGCCUCCGCAACUCCAAUAUAGAACUCUUGAACUAGAAAAUUGUUUCCAUUCCGUAGAUUGAAGAUGAGUCAAAAGUUGCUAAUUGCUUGAAGGUUCAUCUGAUUGGAUUCGAAGGUUUGUGGUCGUUAUUUCCUCCUUUCGAACCUUGUACUUUCGGCGGAUGUUUGAUUGACAUGGUACGGAGAAAAUCUCUUCAGGCCAAGUAAAGUAAGAGAG